AUGAAAGCUAUGCUGGCUAAUAUACCGGGUCCACCAGCGAGAAAGGAAGGCAUAUUUAAAUGUAGGAAUGCCAACAGAGUUAUGGUUUUGAUAUUCAAUCACGAAUUAGCACAGGAUUUUCUCAAAUGCAAUGUCAAUAUCGAGAAGGCAUUUGAAUAUCAAUUACUGUAUGACUGGUUGGGAAAGGGAUUGCUUAUCAACGACUCGGCAGACCUAUGGAGGGAACGCCGAAAACUACUGACCCCUGCCUUCCAUCAGACAAUUCUCACAGAAUUUGUGCCCAUUUUUAACGAGAAGUCCGAUAUUCUGGUGAAGCGUUUGGCCGAUUGUGUGGAC